GGCUCUGCCGGUUGAUGUGAAUGUGAUGUAGAUGCCGAUGCUUCGACUCGCUCACUCGCGUUGAAUCCAUCGAGCAGGCGCGUCGUACUCUCUCGUUCCGCCGCGUUCCAUUCAGCCAUUCCGCGACUCUAUUUACUUAUUGUUUUUGUACUUUUAUCAGCUACAAAAAAAGCUAAAAAAAAAAGAAAGAAAAGCGAAAUAAAUAUAAAUAACAACGGCGAAACAAAAAGUGAAACAAAUUCGUGACGCGCCUGAUUACUUCUUUAUUUUUUGUGUCAACAGUGUGUGCAGUGCAAUGUGACUGUGAAGCGCCACGACAAAAAAACGAAAAACAAAAACAAAAAGUUAUUUAAAAAAUAAAACAAUUUUGAACCCAAAAAAAGCAAAGAAAACAACCAGAAAGUGUGCCCACUUUGAGACACUUUGAUAACUUUUUAAGAACCAAACAAGAAAAUACUCUAACGCCUAGAGUAUUUAACAGACCAUUAGAAACCUGAUGGCAACAACAACAACAACGCAGGCAGCAGGAGCUGCACCAGCUCUUAAUUUAUUGCCCGCCAGCAGCAAUAAUAACCUAAACAACACACAGAACAAUACCAACAUCAAUAAUAAUAAUAUUAACAGUAAUAACAACAACAACAACAACGUUGUGAUAAGCCAGCCGAUUAAAAUACCGCUGAACGAGCGUUUCUCAUCGCAAACAUCGACAGGCUCAGCGGACAGCGGGGUAAUUGUUUCCAGUGCAUCGCAGCAGCAACUGCAGUUGCCGCCACCACGCAGCAGCAGCGGUUCCUUGAGCUUGCCACAGGCGCCACCUGGUGGUAAAUGGCGUCAGAAGCAGCAGCGCCAGCAAUUGCUCCUCAGCCAAGAUAGCGGGAUCGAGAAUGGUGUCAUCACCAGCAAGGCCAAGGAUGGCCAGGGCGUGGGAAAGCCCAGUCAUAAGGCCAUCAGCUCCAAGGAGAACGGCGGCCAGUCGAACAGCAGCAGCGAAAGUCUGGGCAGUAAUUGCUCUGAGACGCAAGAUCAGCAGAGAAUAAGGGCCUCGUCUGCCCUGGAGCUGAGCAGUGUGGACAAUCCGGUGGUGCCGUCCGGUAAUAACAUCCUGCGCAGCCGUAUUAAGUAUAGGAGUACGAAUAGCACCGGGACCCAGGGAUUCGAUGUCGAGGAUCGCAUCGAUGAGGUAGAUAUCUGUGAUGAUGAUGACGAUGAUUGCGACGAUGUGGAAAUCGAAGAGGAGGACGAUGGCGUCAAUGUGGACGACGAUGUCGAGGAGGCCGACAACCAAUCGGACAAUCAGUCUGGUAUUAUAAUAAACCUUAAAAGCAAAACCGAACAAGAUGAGCAGGAGCGGCAGAGGGAACGGGAACGAGAACGGGAGCGGGAGCGGGAGCAAAGGCAGGACACGGAUGAGGGAGAUUCAAAGGAGGUGAAUGUUAAGCCUAAGACCCGAUUACUGCCACCAGAUCAGGCGGAACUAACGGUGGCAGCCUCCAUAGCGCGUCGACGCGAUGCCAAGAGUCUAGCCACCGAUGGCCAUAUAUAUUUUCCCCUGCUCAAGAUCAGUGAGGAUUCGCAUAUUGAUUCGAAGCUGAUCAAUCGCAAGGAUGGCCUCCAGGAUACCAUGUAUUAUCUGGACGAGUUCGGUAGUCCCAAGCUGCGAGAGAAGUUCGCCCGCAAGCAGAAACAGCUGCUGGCCAAGCAGCAGAAACAGAUGAUGAAGCGGGAGAGGAGGAGCGAGGAGCAGCGCAAGAAGCGCAACACCACCGUGGCAUCCAAUUUGGCGGCCAGCGGUACGAUCGUGGAUGAGACCAAAGAUGAUUACAACAAACAACAAAAACAAAAACCACACUGUGAUAAUAGCUCUAGGAGCAAACAUAACUCGGUACCCAAUCCGCCCAGUCAUCCCCAUAAUCAGCAUCAUCAUCAUCGUCAUCAAAAUAAUCAUCUUGUUGUGGAUGUGGAGGAGGAUGUGGAUGCCACCAGCGGUAAUGUGGACAACGGUGCGGUCAAGAUGCGCCGCCAUAGCCACGACAACCACUACGACAGAAUCCCCCAGAGCAAUGCAAGAACCAUAACCAACACCCGCCCUAAAAAUAAAGAUGAUCUUCGGGAUCAUCAGUCGCAGGACAACCACGAGGAUAUCGAGCAGGGAGCUGAACCGGAGCUGGGUGGAGAGCCGGAUGCGGAUGUCGAUGUGGAUAGCGAUGAGAGUGGCGAGAACGUUAAGACUGCCAAAUUGGCCAGAACACAGUCCUGCGUCAGUUGGACCAAAGUGGUGCAAAAGUUCAAAAAUAUUCUAGGUCGCGAUGGUUCUAAAAUUACAACAGUUGUUGCAACACCCGGCCAAGGCACCGAUCGCGUACAAGAGGUCUCCUAUACAGACACAAAGGUCAUCGGCAAUGGCAGCUUCGGCGUCGUGUUCCAGGCAAAGCUCUGCGACACCGGCGAGUUGGUGGCAAUCAAAAAAGUUUUACAAGACAGACGAUUUAAGAAUCGCGAAUUGCAAAUUAUGCGCAAAUUGGAGCAUUGUAAUAUUGUAAAGCUUUUGUACUUUUUCUAUUCGAGUGGAGAAAAGCGUGAUGAAGUAUUUUUGAAUUUAGUCCUCGAAUAUAUACCAGAAACCGUAUACAAAGUGGCUCGCCAAUAUGCCAAAACCAAGCAAACGAUACCAAUCAACUUUAUACGGCUCUACAUGUAUCAACUGUUUAGAAGUUUGGCCUACAUCCACUCGCUGGGAAUCUGCCAUCGUGAUAUCAAGCCGCAGAACCUUCUGCUCGAUCCGGAGACCGCUGUGCUGAAGCUCUGUGACUUCGGCAGCGCCAAACAGCUGCUCCAUGGCGAGCCGAAUGUCUCGUAUAUCUGCUCCCGGUAUUACCGCGCCCCCGAGCUCAUUUUCGGCGCCAUCAAUUAUACAACAAAGAUCGAUGUCUGGAGUGCCGGUUGCGUUUUGGCCGAGCUGCUGCUGGGUCAGCCCAUCUUCCCUGGAGACUCCGGUGUCGAUCAGCUCGUGGAGGUCAUCAAAGUUCUGGGCACACCGACAAGAGAACAGAUACGCGAAAUGAAUCCAAACUAUACGGAAUUCAAGUUCCCACAAAUUAAGAGUCAUCCAUGGCAGAAAGUUUUCCGUAUACGCACUCCUACAGAAGCUAUCAACUUGGUGUCCCUGCUGCUCGAGUACACGCCCAGUGCCCGGAUCACACCGCUCAAGGCCUGUGCACAUCCGUUCUUCGAUGAGCUGCGCAUGGAGGGCAACCACACCUUGCCCAACGGUCGCGAGAUGCCGCCGCUGUUCAACUUCACAGAGCACGAGCUCUCGAUACAGCCCAGCCUAGUGCCACAGUUGUUGCCCAAGCAUCUGCAAAAUGCAACCGGAACUGGCGCCAAUCGGUCAUCUGGCGGCGGAGCAGCCUCCGCUGCGGCCAGCAGCGUCUCGUCAACGGGCAGUGGCACAUCGGCGGAAGGAACCGCCCAGCCACAGUCGCAAGGCACAGCAGCAGCAGCAGCUGCGGGACCCGGAUCAGGCGGUGCAGCAGCAGGAGCCGGCGGAGCGAGUGCCGGUGGACCCGGAUCUGGUAACAACAGCAGCAGCGGCGGCGGAGCAUCGGGAGCGCCGUCUGCCGUGGCAGCUGGUGCCAAUGCCGCUGUCACUGGCAGCGGUGGUGGUGGCGGUGUCGGUGCGGCGACCGCAGCUGCCACAGCAGCUGGCGCCAUGGCCGCGACCAAUGCCGGCGGCGCCAAUGUAACAGGCUCGCAGUCGAACAGCGCCCUGAACAGCAGCGGAAGCGGCGGCAGCGGUAGCGGCAAUGGAGAGGCGGCUGGAUCCGGAUCCGGAUCGGGAUCAGGAGCAGGAGCAGGAGGCGGCAAUGGCGGGGAUAACGAUGCUGGCGAGAGUGGAGCAGCAGCAGGUGGAGGAGGAGCAACAGAGACCGAGGCACCGGCGUCGGGUUAGCGCGAGUGAGGUGCUCUUUUAAUGUAAUGUUAUUCGAAGGAUUACCGCUCGGCCCGGGAAUACAGUUGACCAUUUUUGGCCAAGAGCGAGAUGGCAACAUCAACCGAAACACUCAUACACUCACACACACAAAGACAGUUACACUCGGAGAAAGAGAGAGUAGAAAGAAAUCCACGCAGAAGCUAAGGAAAAUGAUAGGCAAAGGAAUUCACUUCACUUCAAACACCAACCCAAGACAUUAUAAACCGCCACUAGAACACACACAACCACACCACACCCCCACACUCCCACACACACACACACACACACAGUCACACACAUGUAUGUAUGUAUAUCUAGCUAUAUGCAUCGGGCGCAAGAAAAUAUUUAGCAUAAAACUCGAAAGAAAAACAAAAAAAUCCACUUUAAACUAUGCAUAAAUAAUUUAAAAUGAUAAUCUGUAUUAUUGAAAGAGAAAAGCCCAGAGAAAUAAUCGAAAGACCCCUCGCCCGUGCGCCCCGCCCUCCAAAAUAGUAAAUAAUAUUUAACAAAUAGCUCGCGAAACGUAAUAAAAGUUAAGUAAAAAGAAAACAAAAGAAACAAACACAACAAAGCCGAGAGAAUACUUAGUGAAAUAAAUCAAAAUUUUUGCCCCAUUUAACGUUUAUAUAUAUGCGGUUAUACAAAUAUAUAACGAUCACAGCAGUUAGCAAUCCAUAGUGAAAGUAAUAAAGGUAAAAGUAAAGAUAAAACAUAAAUAAAAUACAAAUAAAAGGCGGCAGAGUGAGGAGAACUAGCUAAAGGGAGGAUGAAACAUUUACUAAACUCGCGCAAGCGCAUCUAUAUAAAUACGAUAUAGAUAUUAUAUAAACAUAGAUAUAUAUAUAUAUAUACAAAUAUAUAUAUAUGCGAGAUAUUAACAAUACAUUCGUAAUCCUAGUAGCAACGCCCCCAACCCAAGGAAGCCCAUGAAAUUGCCCAGGUUAACGAGAAACGAUUCACGUAUAGCAAGAUUUUCCGUGGCCUGUUCUUAAGUAAAGUAAAAAAAAAAAGUAUAGCAACUACGAUUAUCUAAGGAAGCGGUCGUCAAAAUGCAAUAUACACUAACACUAAACACUAUACAUAAAUACAAGAGGAUAUAAAUAAAUUGAGCAAAAAGUAAAAUGGUAAAAAUGGUAAAAAAGUAAACAAGUAAAAACGGUUAAAAAGUAAAUGAAUGUAUGAAUGAGUAAAACGCUUUUAGCGCGCGACGCCACCCAUUAACUUAAAUUAACAUUGCAAAUAAAGGUAAUGAGGUAAAAUGGUAAAAAGGUAUAAUGGUAAAAAAUGUUUAAAUGAGAUAGUGAAGCCAGGAUCUUAAUAUAUAUAUAUAUAUAUAUGUAAAAGUAAUCGACAAAGAACAUUUAGCUGCAAUUGAAAACUUAAACUAAUUUAAUACAAAUUGAAUUAAAAUACAAUGAGACCCGACGAUGGUUCUAGAAUGUAAGGCCUUAGAUGAUCGAUCAACCGGUAACUCCUGCGCGACUAUAGUACUAGCCCUCGGUUCGAUUGGUUUGCAACCACUUAGUAUCUCUCUAUGCCUCUCUAUCCCAGUGGAAAGCCACCACCCAGUUAAACUGCUUAGAUCUCGUUUUGGAAAUUUGCCAUGAUUAUGUCCAGCACUAAGAUGAAGACCAUUGAAAGGAGAAAAAGGAAAAACCUAAAACUAAAAGAAAGUCUAUUUGUAUGUAUUUCCAUAGAACUCCUUAUAUGUUAUAUGAGAACAUAUUUUUUUUUUACUAACUAAAUGAUACAUUUAUACAAUUAAUGAACGUUGAGUUUUGUGGCAUCAAAACUACUUAAAUAUAAAUAUAUACAUAUAUGUAUGUACACACCCACACAAGGACACACACAAACAUUCAGACACACUCACACGCACAUAAUUCUAUAAUUUCAAAUAAAUUUACAAAAACAAAGAAACCCGAAGAUUUCCAAACAAGAUUCUCCAAACAUUUUAGUAAAUAAUCUAAGUAAACAGCAGACAAGUUACAUAAAUCUAAAAAGAAAAAACCAAAACAAAAAGAACACCCACAUUCACACACACACACACGCCGUUUAAUUUGUAAUUUAAAAUGUCAACAGAAGAAGAAGAACAAAAUAUAUACACACAUAUAUAUGCAUAGAAAAACAUACUUAUAUAUGAUGAACAACUUCAGCGUUUCGCUUUAAUUAUGAGGCAACAACCACAUGAGAAUCCAAACCAAACUUAAACUUAAUUAACAAAUAAACGCAAACCUAAACUAAUUGCAAAAUAACAAAUGGCAAAACCAAAUUCAAAAAGGAAAUGAUAAAGAAAAUG